CACUGACCACUGCUCCAUUCAGCUUCCGGCUGCUCUACGCCUCUGAGAAGCGAAGCUACCAGAGCUACUGCGAAUGGCGGAGCCGUGCGCGCCGGCGUCGAGGCCGAUCCUGUACUCGUACUGGCGCAGCUCCUGCUCCCACCGCGUCCGCAUCGCGCUCAAUCUCAAAGGUGUGGAUUACGAGUACAAGGCGGUGAACCUCCUCAAGGGCGAGCAGUCUGAUCCCGAGUUCAUGAAGAUUAACCCUAUGAAGUUCGUCCCUGCGUUGGUCGACGGCGAUGCAGUAAUCGGUGACUCUUACGCUAUAGCAUUGUAUUUGGAGGACAAGUACCCUGAGCCUCCUCUCCUGCCUAAAGACCUUAAGAUGAAGGCCUUGAAUAUACAGAUAGCAAGCAUUGUGUGUUCUGGUAUUCAACCUCUUCACAAUCUCACCUUGCUGAGAUACAUUGAGCAAAAGGUUGGUACAGGGGAGAGCGUCCCGUGGGUCCAACAACAGAUUGAUAAAGGUUUCACAGCUGUUGAGAACAUGAUAAAAGCCUGUGCUGGGAAGUAUGCUACUGGAGAUGAAGUCCAGCUGGCAGACGUAUUCCUUGCACCCCAGAUUUUUGGCGCAGUAACUCGCUUUCAAAUUGAUAUGUCAAACUAUCCUACCCUCGCGAGGGUCCAUGAUGAGUAUAUGAGACACCCUGCAUUUCAAGCUGCGCUCCCUGAUAGGCAGCCAGACGCCCCUUCCUCUGCCUAGAAACUGCAACACAAACAUACGCUGGGAGUGAAUCAGUUCUCGUUACUAUGUGCCUAUGUUCUGCACCGCUGCUUCAAGCCCUGUAACAAUAAGCACUAAACUUCCUGCGCAAAGUGCAAGAUAGCUGCGCUGUAGUCUGUAUCGCAAUAAUGAGAUGACCUUAUGUGAUCGAUACUUCUGUAGUCUUUGGAUGUCUUCUACUAACUCUAUCCACUAAAAGGAUGUUGUAAGUUUGUGUAAAUUUAGAUGUAUCUAGUGUAUAGAUACAUUCGAAUUCAGACAAAUUUUCGACAUUCUUUUAUGGAGGGGGGGAGUAUAUCGCACCGUUUUGUGUUCGUAACUUAGCCAUUUAGUCUUGAAAGAGAAAAAAAGGUUGUCGGCCUGGGUUUCUGGAACACAUGGAAUAGCAACAUGAUAAUUCUUUGUUGA